AUGGACCACCAGUCGCAGGACGAUGGCCAGCCGUCGGCUGCUGCCGGCCAGACGCAGCGGUCUGUUAUAAAUCAAGCGCACUCGCCGUCGCCAAACCAGUUUGCGCCGACCUCUGACUCCAACAUCGACCUGUCUCUCGACCAGCAAGCACAGCAGCAGUUUGCCGCCGACUCGAGCUUCGACUCGUCCUUUGCUGAUAGCUUCAUGACAUCCCAGUCCUCCCAGCAGCAGUCGCAAUCGUUCCAAGCUGACGCUGUCAACCCAGCCGCCUUUGACCCCUCCGCCAGCUUCACCCAGCAAACAGCCUCGGGCGCAAACAACUUGGCCUUCACCUCCCAGCCCCAGCAGAGCUUUCUCGCGCCCAAUCUUGCCGACGGCGACUUCUCCCUCUUCCCGGCCUCGGCAAACCAAGGCGACCACUUCAACACGCCGCUCUUCGAAUCGUCCAGCCUCAGCCCGGUCGAACUCAAUAAUAUGACUUCUCCUCAGUCUCAGCACUCGCCCAGCUCGGCGCAACAUUCGCCAUCCUUUGCCCAGCAUCACCAGUUCUCCUCGCCCAAUGUUCACUCUAGAAACGUUUCUCUUGGCCCCGAGGCAGCCCUCCUGCCUGGCCAGAUCAACGAGUGGAGCGGUGCUCAGUUCACCGGCCACCGUCGUGCGCCGUCCGAGUACUCUGAUGUGUCUUCUGUCACGCAUUCGCCCAAUGUGAAUGUACAUGACAGCUUCGACGACGGCUCUGGCCACUCGCCUUUGCAAAGAGCUUCUGACGGCAGCAUGUACCAAGAGGUGCUUGGAAUGGGCUCCUUCAACCUUGGCGACGGCCGUAGUCCCUCUCACAGCCCUGCCAUCAGUCCUCGCAUUGGCGCUCAGCCUCUACCGGACAUGCACUACCAGACAUCACCAAAUCCUAGCUAUAAUAUUCCCCCAUACCCUACCAUUCAAGAUCCUUCUGGCACCUUUGUCGGAAACAGCCAGGAGAUGGCGCAAAUGGCUCCUGCCAUUAAUAUUGACUUUGCACCUGCCAACAAUGCUAAGCUUGGUGGCUUUGAUCCUGCCAAAGCUCAAUUGGACCAAGAUUCGCUGCUACCGCCAGACCGAGGCCGUCCCAAGUCGCGCCCUCGGUCCGUAACCGACCCCUUCCAGCCCGGAGUUAUUGUAAAGCCUAGGCCGAGCAGCGUCAACGCCACGCUCGGCUCCAACCUAGCUCCCCGCCAGGAAGUCUCGCGAUCCCUCUCGCCCGCCGACCGACAGUCCUCUGCCGCCCGCAGACGACAAUCCACGUCCGCCGUGCCCAACAACGUGAUUGCUCUGCGCUUGGCCGAUCCCGACUAUCAAGGCGGCUCGGAAAGUGGAGGACCGAAGCGAGUGCAGAAGCACCCUGCCACAUUCCAAUGUACCCUGUGCCCAAAACGAUUCACACGAGCCUACAACCUACGCUCUCAUCUGCGAACACAUACAGACGAGCGUCCCUUUGUCUGUACAGUUUGCGGCAAAGCGUUUGCAAGGCAACACGACCGCAAGAGACACGAGAGUCUGCAUUCCGGUGAAAAGAAGUUUGUCUGCAAGGGCGAGCUCAAGGCAGGCGGUCAAUGGGGCUGUGGACGCCGGUUUGCACGUGCGGAUGCCUUGGGUCGUCAUUUCAGAUCUGAGGCGGGGCGUAUCUGCAUCAAGCCGCUGUUAGAUGAAGAAAUGAUUGAGCGCCAACGGCAAUGGCAAGAACAGCGCAUGCAACAGGACAUGGCCAGCAUGGCUGGUCCUGGUAUGGCAAUAGAUGCCAGCACCGGAUACCCUGUCGAUGGCAACGGAAACUACACUUUCCCGGCGGCUCUGCUAGCACAGUACCCCGCGCUCGCAGGGAUGAACUGGUCGGCGCCUGAGAUGAGCGGCAUGGAAGACGACCUUAGUGGGCGCUCGUCUUUUGAUGCCAGCGAUUACGACGACGGCGACGACGGUGGCUACAUGAGCGGCCCGGGCACAGGCUACAGCGAAGGCGGCAUGUCGCAAAAUUUCGGCGAGGUGGGAUACAGCAGCGACAUGGGCGGGCGUUGA